CACCGGCCGCCAUUGCUGUCUCCAUCUCUGUCUUCAGGGCACUGGUUUGGGCGGUUGCCGCUUCUGGUCCUGCGUCAGAGCCUGACCAGAGCCCGAAGCUGGUCCUGUCUGGUUUCACAGCUCCUCCUCCCUUUCCUGAAGUGACUGUGAGGCUCCGGCAGGCAGUCACUUUCGCCAGCUCCACAGCUCGGAGUCAGGUACUCCCUUCUAGCUCCGGCUGACAGCGUGAGAACCCUUGCCGCCAUGGCCUCUCCUCUUGCCGAGAUCAUCCAGCAGAAUUACCUGUCUGAGAGCAACGCUGCCCUCAACUCUCAGAUCCAGUUGCAGCUGUACGCCACUUACGUCUACCUCUCCAUGGCCUUCUUCUGCAACCGAGACGAAGUGGCCCUGGAGUACUUUGCACUCUUCUUCCUGACUAUGUCCCAGAGGUGGAUGGAGCGCACCGAAAGGCUGUUCCUGUUGCUGAGUGAGCGCCAUGGCUUCCUUACCCUUGGGAGAAUUGCCGAUGAAGGUCGUCACGACUGGAUCGAUGGCUUCAUGGCGAUGGAGUGUGCUUUCCACCUAGAGAAGACGCUCAACCAGAGUCUCCUGCAGCUGUACGAUCUGGCUAACAGCAACGGUGAUAUCUGCCUGUGCAAGAUCCUGAAGCGCCAUUUCCUCCACCAGCAGGUCGAAAUCAUCAAGGAGAUGGGUGGCUACCUGACCAACCUGCGCCAGCUGGGGGCUCCAGAAAAUCAUUUGGCUGAGCACCUCUUCGACAAGCUCACCCUGGCCGAGACCACCAAGGAGAACUGAACUGGGACUGUCCCUACUAUGGUGGGGUCUUCCUCAGAUCACCGGGCAAGGGGCUCACGUUAUAUGUCCAGAAGUUUCCCUAGUUUUCCUAUCUGGCCUGUUUGCAAUAAAUUUCUUUCUGAGCACA